GAGGCGAGAGUGUGGACGUGCGCUUGUCCACCCGCCCCUUUACACUAACCUCCAACCUACAAAAUGACUAACCUCUGCUAACGUUAUUGCUUUGACUGUUUAAGCGGUGCUGGAGAAAUACAGGGCUUACAACUACAAGAAUUCGAAGUUGAGGUUUAUUUUCUCUGCUGCUCGUUCUGGGGUCUGGGGUCUGGGGUUCUGGUUAACUCGCUACAAAGAGACUGACGUGACAUUUACGUUAAUUCAUUCAUCCACAACAACAAUGGCAGCACAGGAUUUUAAUUUAUUGCUUGCUACUGAUUCAUAUAAGAUCACACACUACAAACAGUAUCCUCCAAAUGUCAGCAAAAUCUACUCUUACUUUGAGUGCAGACGCAAGAAAGCCUCCCAGUUCAGUGAAGUGGUGUUCUUCGGUCUUCAGUAUCUGUUGAAGAAGUACCUCAUAGGCCAAGUGGUGACCGAGGAGAAAAUUCAGGAAGCCAAGCUCUUCUACCAGAUGCACUUCAGACAGGCUGUGUUCGAUGAGGAAAGCUGGAGGAAAAUCCUUGAGAAACAUGAUGGGCGUCUUCCUAUCCGGAUUAAAGCUGUCCCUGAGGGUAGGAUUAUCCCGAGAGGCAACGUGCUCUUCACUGUGGAAAACACUGAUCCCGAAUUCUACUGGCUCACCAACUACAUUGAGACCAUGCUGGUCCAGAUGUGGUAUCCCAUCACAGUGGCCACCAUAUCCAGGGAGUUUAAGAAGAUCCUAGCCAAGCACCUGAAGGCCACCUCGGGGAGCCUGGAAGGUCUGGACCUGAAGCUGCAUGACUUUGGCUACAGAGGAGUCUCCUCGCAGGAGUCUGCAGCACUGGGUGGAGCAGCUCACAUGGUAAACUUCUGCAGUACAGACACAGUCGCCGGGCUGCUGAUGGCUCAGCGCUACUAUGGCUGUCCCAUGGCCGGCUUCUCCAUUCCAGCAGCAGAGCACAGCACCAUCAUCUCCUGGGGGCGGGGCCGGGAGAAGGAGGCGUUUGAGCGAGUCCUGGACCAGUUCUCCUCGGGACCCGUGUCCGUGGUCAGCGACAGCUACGACAUCUUUAACGCCUGCAAACACAUCUGGGGAGACAAGCUGAAGGAGCGAGUCAUGGAGCGCAGUCAGGACUCGUGUCUGGUCAUCCGGCCCGACUCCGGAGACCCCGCUGAGACUCUCAUUGAGGUCAUCAAGAUUCUGGAGGAGUGCUUUGGCUGCUCUCUGAACUCCAUGGGAUACAAGGUUCUGCCUUCCUACCUGCGGAUUAUUCAGGGAGACGGCAUUGACCUGUGCUCAGUGGAUGAGAUUCUUCAGAAGCUGUGUGAUGAAGGAUGGAGUGCUGAGAACAUCUUCUUUGGUUGUGGCAGUGCUCUGCUUCAGAAACUCAGCAGAGAUACACUCAACUGUGCCUUCAAGUGCAGCUACGUGGAGACCAACGGCAAGGGGAUGGACGUGUACAAACAACCAGUGACCGACCCAACCAAGGGCUCGAAGCGGGGUCAGUUAUCCCUGAGGAGAAACUCUGAUGGCUGCUUAGAGACAAUAGAGAGAGGGGCAGGCAAGCCUGAGGAGGACCUGCUGGUGACUGUGUUUGAGAACGGCAGUCUGGUGCAGGACUACUCCCUGGAGGAGAUCAGGAAGAACGCUCGGCUGCGGGACGAGGAGGUUCCCACCCUGCACAACCGUGAACAGGAGCCGCUGCACAAUCACAUCAUCAACGGGAUUCAUUAGAUCCCCCCCCAGAGCCCCUCAGCAUCCCCAGAAUACUGCACAGAGUUUUAAACCAGGCGCCCUGGCAUGGAGACUGGCGCACCUAUCUAAGUAUAAACUGAACAUGUUGAAGGGGAGUAUAAGCGUUUUCUCCCAAGACACUAACCUUAACUAUUACAAAAUAUAAAAACAAUUUUAUUGAUUAUAGUAAUCUUCAACGAUUAGGUGAUAGCACCAGUGCUUGACAUACAUGAUUUAUGGUCAGUGACAGCCUCUUAUGAGCAGAACAAUAUGCUGCUGCUGCAGCCCCACUUUCUGCUUUUGUGUUCAGGAAACACGAGCCAUGUAUAGUGUAUAAAUGAAGACAUCACAACACGGACCAGUAGUGUAAACUAAGCACAUAGUGCUGCGCUGUCAGGCCGGCUACACACUGGCUGCGUUGCUUGGCGGCUGCGUGGAUUUUUUGAUGCCCUACACACCAGAAACGUGUCUGACGCGGCACUGCUGCUGCUAGGUGACGUACGGGGAGGGCUAUCUCGGGACAUCGCGCCAACAGAUUGGGAUCACCCUUGUUCCACAUAUUGGGUGAGAGUGUUUCAACAUGAACGUAUAGGCUACUGAUUUCAUUAAAACAAGACAACGUAGGCGGUGUUGACGCCAAUAUAGGUCACAGAAGAUUUCCUUCUGAAUGACGGGUGCAAUAUUAGAAAAUUGAUUUUUAUUUUUACAUUUAUAUCUGAAAUUAUGUCAAAACCUAAAGACUUUCAAACGUCAACAUGUUCUUUAUUAAAACUUCAAAAUAACAUAUAUACAUCUUUUCAUUUUCUAUUUUGCUUGGAAACGCUUCCGACGUGCCCGUGUGGAAAAUAGGCGUUGGUUCUAUUUCUAGCAUGCAUGCUCCAGCGGCGUGUGUCACGCAGGCAGUGUGUAAGCUCUAACCUGCCAACAUGGAAGCUGAAAUGAAAACGGACACGCCACGCAGCUGACACGCUCGCGCAACGCCUCCAGUGUGUAGCCGGCCUAACGUUGACCUACACACAAAAAAAAAUCCAGAGAAGCCAUAGCUGUUUGUGCUUCCUGAUUUCUGAAGUCACACUGCAAACCCUAGUGUCUUUUAUUGAGUGACACAUAAUACAUUACCACAUAAAUAAGCAUAUGAAUGGAUUGUGUAAAAUAUGUACGCAAAUGAACCAACAAUUUGGUUCAUUGACAUAAUUAUGAUUGAAGAAGUU